AUGGAAGGUUCUAAAGAGGAAGAGUUAAGAAAAUACUACUUUAAAUCCAAAAAUGCGGCUGCUUCCGCAGGUCCUAGUAAAGUUUUUCAGGUAUUGAAUAAGAAAUACCCUGGAAAAUUUUCUUUAAACUUUAUUAAACAAUGGAUUAAUGAUCAGGAUGCUUACGCUUUGCAAAAGCAAAGACGAUAUAAAUUCAAGACAGCUCAAGUUCGUGUAUCAUCUAUUGGAGAACAAUUAGAUGUGGAUCUAUUAUCUAUGUUCAACCUAGCUGAAUAUAAUGAUGGUGUGCGGUACCUACUGUGCGCUAUAGAUAUUCUUUCAAGAAAAUUAUGGGUGAUGCCACUUAAAGAUAAGACUGCCAAAAGUGUUUUAAGUGCCAUGAAAACAAUCCUGAAAGAUAUGACUCCUUUAAAAAUUCAGAAAGUUCGUGCAGAUAAGGGAAGUGAAUUCGUGAAUAGGUGGUUUAAAAAGUUUAUGAAAGACAGCGACAUUUACUUUUUUACCACAAACAAUGCACCUAAGAGCAACUAUGUUGAAAGAGUGCAGCGUAAUUUGAAAGAAAAAUUGUAUCGAAUGAUGAGACAUAAUAGAACGUAUCGUUAUAUAGACGACCUAGAGAAUGUUGUUGCGAAUUACAAUGCCACACCCCACCAUAGUUUAAAUUUGAUAGCACCAAAUGAUGUCAACAAAGAGAAUGAAAGUGAUGUGUGGGCUCAUAUUUAUUUGAAAAAAUCCAAUAGUGUUAAAAGAAAAGGAAAGCCAAAGUUUAAUUUUGAAAUAGGAGAUCUUGCGCGUCUUAGCUAUACGAAAAAACCCUUUCAACGGGCUUACAACGAACAAUACACCACGGAGGUCGGUGUUUCUGAUGUAUACUUUGAGGAAAUUCGACCAUUGAGUCAGGUGACUGGUGACAGCCCCAUUGAGUUCAGAAUCAGCGGACAGAAUUCUGUGGACUAUAUAGAUCUGAAAGGAUCGCAGCUGUAUGUGAAACUGAAAGUGACAAAACCCAAUGGAACUGCUUUAAGCGCUUCAGAGAAAACGGGACCU